GAGACUGGAUGGGCUUGGGUGGGAAAUAAAGUUUGAGUCGAAAGUGGCGGGAAAGACGCAGCAGCAGCAGGCAGCCUUAGGGCCAAGAGACGGCGGAGUUUACGCUGGGCGCGGCGGCUUGCGGGGUGUGGUGCCACCUCCCUCCUCCGGGCGCUCCAGGGAGCGGACCAGCCCUCUCGGCGGAGGAGGCGUUGCUUUGCCGUCUCUUCAGUCUGUCGCCGUCGCCAGAGCGUGAGGAGACAGAAGGAAGGCGAAGAGGGAACCGGGCAGAGCCAUGCCUGCCGCUGCCCCGCCGCUCCCCUUGCACCCCGCAGCGGGCCUGGGAGGCUCCUGCGGCUGCCCCUCCUCCAGCCAUCCCGAACCUCGAGGAUUUUAUGAUCACUCUUUAAACUGUAUAAGCUCAAAUAUAACAGAGAGAAGACUACAAGGUACUUGUCCACCAAUUGGCCGUGGAAGUUUUGGGAAGCCAUUCUUCGGUACAAACUGCUUCAGUUCCCCAUUUAUAAAUUCCAGGACUGGUUUCCAUACAAUUCAUUCUGAGAAUAGCCCAGUAAAGCCAAGGAUUGUCACUGUAAUAAAACCUUGUGGACACACUGUCAGGAAGAUAACAUUGCUCCUAAAUCGGAGGUCUGUUCAAACAUUUGAACAGCUGAUUGCUGACAUAUCGGAAGCCCUGGGAUUUCCACGCUGGAAGAAUGACCGUGUGAGAAAACUAUAUAAUUUGAAGGGAAGGGAAAUCAGAAGUGUUUCUGACUUCUUUAGAGAAGGUGAUGCAUUUAUAGCUAUGGGAAAAGAACAGCUAACUCUGAAGAACCUUGAAGUGGCAAUCCAAGAACUUUAUCCUGAAAACCCCUAUGCUUCUUUUACUGGAACUACACAAAACUGGGAACAACCCCAGAAACCCAAAAACAGGUUCUAUGAAAAAUCUUCCAAAUUGGAGAACAGUCUUGAGCCCAUAGCUGCCAAGAACUGUAUGGAUGCCAUACCACCUAAGCUAAUUAAUAGGCAUGAAGUAAAAGCUCAAACGAAGGUCAGGCAAGAGGAGAGGGUGAGGACCAAAAAGAGAUGGGUCAGAGACGACUGGAAUGGAGAGCUAGAUGUGAAGCCUUCUAGAAAAGCCAGAGAAACUGAGAAAUAUUUUAAUCAAGAGAAAUGUCUUGAAAGUGAAGCAGAACACAGUUUAGAGAUAAUUGUCAGAUGUGAGAAGUGCCAAAGAGAAAGAGAGCUCAGGCAAAAACUGCAGAAGGAACGACAAACUGAUUUUCCAUUUGAGAGCAGAGACUUGAAUCUGAGAACGUGUCAGAGAUACAAUACAGAAAGGCCUGCAAAAUUGAGAAAUUGCAGAAAAUUGUCAGAAAGCUCAGUGGAACAAGGCAAAAUUACAUGGAAUGAUGCUGGUUGUCAAAGUAUCCAUACAACCUCUCUUAGCCGUGCUAAUAAAGUCUCAGAGAAGCAAAAAAGGAGCAAUGACAGAGAGGAAACCAUGGAAAGACAUGAGAAGCACUGUGAAGAAUUAGAAAAAAUAAAGAUAAAGCCCAUAGAAAGUCAGCGUACCAUAGUAGGAGAUGCCUAUGAACUAAAAAAGGAAUCUAGAAAAUGUUCUAGAAUGAAUCAAAGCUGUUGGUUGAUCAAGGGUUCCCAGGCGGAUGCAGAAAAAAUACCAAAAAUUCAGGGGCAUAGGGAAGAGGUACGGAAAUCAAAAGAGAAUGCUGCUGGAGGAGAAGACAAAGUAGGGUAUGGUGAGAGCAAACUGACUAGACAUGAAAGGGAGGAAGAACCUAAAGCCAACAAAGAGGUUAAUAAGACAUGUAGGGCCAAUGAUGUGAAGCUGAGACAUGAUGUUUCAAGCAGAGCAGAUGUGGAGAAGUGCUAUGAGAUUGGCAGAACCAUUGGAGAUGGGAAUUUUGCUGUUGUGAUGGAGUGUCACCACCGCAGCACUGAUCAGAAUUAUGCUAUGAAAAUCAUUGAUAAGUCUAAGCUGAAAGGAAAGGAAGACAUGCUAGAGAAUGAAAUCUUGAUAAUCAAGAGCCUUUCUCACCCCAACAUUGUCAGUCUGAUUGAAGUAUUUGAAACUGAUGCAGAAAUAUAUCUAAUCUUGGAGUACGUACCCGGCGGUGACCUGUUUGAUGCCAUAAUAGAGAGCGUGAAAUUCACAGAAUGUGAUGCUGCUGUCAUGAUAAUGGAUCUGUGUGAAGCCCUUGUUUAUAUUCACAGCAAGAACAUUGUCCACAGAGAUCUUAAGCCAGAAAACCUUCUGGUUCAACGUAAUCCAGAUAAAACUACUACAUUGAAACUAGCAGAUUUUGGCCUUGCAAAGCAGGUCACAAAACCCAUAUUCACUGUGUGUGGAACUCCAACUUACGUUGCCCCUGAAAUACUUGCUGAGAAUGGCUAUGGACUAGAAGUGGACAUGUGGGCUACUGGUGUUAUACUCUAUAUUUUGCUUUGUGGCUUCCCCCCCUUCCGAAGUCAUGAAAGAGAUCAAGAGGAGCUGUUUCGAAUCAUACAAGUUGGGCAUUAUGAAUUUCUGUCACCAUACUGGGACAAUAUUUCAGCUGCUGCAAAAGACCUGAUAAGCAGACUCCUUGUGGUUGAUCCCCAAAAGCGUUACACUGCUCAGCAAGUUCUUCAGCAUCUGUGGAUCCACACCGCUGGAAAAAAUAGCAGCAGAAACCUGCAAAGGGAGGUGACAAUCAACCUUGAGCGCCACUUUCUGAGCCAGCGCAAGGGUGAAGCUACCAACAAAGAUUCAUGAAGACUGCACCCACAUGUACAUAAUUUGAUGAGUGAGCCCAUUGUGGAAGCACACUUACUGUAUUUUGUUCAGAUAUUCAGUCUUUUCUCAAGGACUGAGCUCAGGGGAAAUCCAUUAUUCUUGUUUGAAACUGAAAUCUACUGUGCACAAAACUGAUUGGCUGGUUUCCUGUGAUGUCAUCUCCCUCUUACUAUAGGGGUGGGAGUGGGAAUACUUUGUGUUUUUAAGAAUGCUAUUGAGAACCCAUCUGAGGCAUUGGAAAGGGGCAAGACUGAAUUGGCAUUCGCUUUGCUGGUUAGCACAUUUGUCAUUAGCUUUCCAAAUGUAGAAGGAAUCCGGGUUGUCAAAGGACUGUAGCUUGGCGAAGAGCAUCUAUUUUGCAUGCAGAAGGUCCCAAUCCAGACCAUCUCCUGGUAGGGCUGGGAAAGAUUCCCCUUUCUGAUAUCCUGCAGCGUUACUGCCAGUCAGUGUAGACAAUACCAAGCUAGAUGUACUGUUGGUCUGACUCUGUACAAGGCAGCUUCCUUAGUUUCUAGCCUAUGAAAUAUAUGAUGUGUCUUGUUUUCUUUUUGGUACCUCUGUGCACACCAAAAGGCUGCCUUAGUGUUAAUCUAGUUCUCUGAAUGCUACUGCCUUACACCUACACCAUUCCUUUGAAGCUAAGACACUGCAUUGUUAUUAUGGAGACUUCUUUUGAAAAAUGCAACCUGCAAAGACCUUGUCAAACUGUGAGUUAAGUGGAUGAGAUUGGAUUCUGUUUGUAAUCAGUCCAGAUGUUUUAUGUUUCCAUAUUGACCAGAAUUCAUAGAAUUUCUAUAAGUGUGCCUGAGAGCUUGUGAAGGGAAAUGCCCAGUGGCAUUUCUGACUUUAAAAAGCAGAUGUGCAUCUCUCCUUUAAAAAGUCUCCUCAGUUAAGCUUACCAUAGGGCAGUGGUGGACAACCUCUGGUCCACGGGCCUAAUUCAACCAGCGAGGCUUCCCUGCCAGGCCUCUUGGGGCGAAACUACAGUCACAUUUCUCGGUCUUGAUGUCCUAUAUGAUGUCAGGCAUGGGGAAGUUCAGCCCACAGUUUGAAACUUGAUGCUGCAGCUACAAGGAAGAAGAGUCGGGUGUACUUGAGUGUGGUCCCAAUUCUUCGUGGGGAAGAUAGUUCCUUUGUAACUCCGGCUUGGAUUCAAACCAGGCUAUAAAUGAAGAAUUGGGAGCAUGCUUAGAGUGUGCUUCCGAUUCUUUUCUUUGAAGCUCCCUGCCCAUCUGUCAAAGUGGCCUGGUGGGGUGGGGAGAUAAGGGUGAAGUUGAACAGGAUCUAGCCCGCUGGCAGGAUGCAGUUCACCACCACUGCCAUAGGGCAUGUUUUGCUGUUUGAGAAACAUAUGCUGCAAGCCCCCUUGGGCAUAUAGAAUUAGGUGCGAGGUUUUUUUGUUCUGGCUAUUGAAUUCAGCCUUGGUAUUACAUUUUUCUUUGUAGAUUUAAAGCAGUUGUAUGUUUUACUGAUAAAGAAUUGGGAGGGUUCUCCAUGUAUGUGCUAUGUAUUAUGUAUGUGGGAACCUCAUUUCAAGUGUGUGUGUGUGUAUAUAUAUCUGGACGUUAGAGAUUGUGGGAGAAAAUUAAUAGAUUGUGCUAAUAGGAUGUAAAAUAUUAUCUCAAAAUGAUUUAAUUCCUCCGUAUAAAUAGUGAAGAGUUGGAACAUAUAAGAAUAAAAUUCCUCUUCUUUUAGCCAUGGUGUCCAACACUUAUUCCACAAAUUUAAUCUAUGAAUUUAUACACAGAUAUUUCUGCUGUUUCCCAUAUUGUAUAAUCUGAAUAUUUAACUUCUGUCCUUUUCUUUGAAACAUCGUCUUUAAGUUGUUGCUUCGGCCAACCCAUGAGACAAAGAGAUAGUUUGUCUCCUGCUUCAACAUAACUUUUAACAAUGAGUCUGGCACUUAAACCAAGGAACUUACAUUCUGAGGCUGUGACCUGGCCUAGAUGGCUGCCUGGGAUUGUGUUUAUUCCAGGCUCAGGGAUGUAUGACAUUGGGAGCUGAACCCUCUGGGGUAGCCUGGUCUGGUGUAGAUACUGGGAAGCUUCCCAUCUGUCCUGUCCUGGUCAUCAGCAUCUGCCUGCUCCAUGUCAGCCUCCUGCCUCUGACUCCUGAUACAGAUCUGGGUAUGACUACCUGUAACCCUGAUAAGAUUGUGAGAAGUAGGGAGAAAUAUGAAGACAUUAACUGAGGACAGAAUUAAUUUUUUUAAAAUCAAAUUUAUGUUAAAUCUGGAAAAAUAAAUUUUUCUAAAAUUAUUUGCUUCUAGAAUAAAAGUCCGGUUUCUGCAUAAACGCUAGUUAUUACUUUGGAAGGAAUAUGUGGGAAACAGAUUGACAUGUGUAGCUAGUGAAUGAUAGUGACACAAUUUGCACAGAAAUUCACUUUUGUUCCCCAUUGGCAGUUAAGAGGGGUGGGAAUUGAACUCUACUGUUUGAUCUCAGUUGGGAAUUUGCUAGCUCUGUUUUUGUC